AUGCAUGAGUGUCCACAUGUUGACUGUAAUGCGACCAUGCGUGGCAAAAGGGAAUAUGACGAACAUUUCAAAACGUACCCUAAACCAUUUCGCUAUCAAUGCAAACAUCCCGAUUGUGGAAAAGAGUUUCACCAAUCAUCAUUAUUUUUUCCAGCACAAGAAAUUCUGUCAGCACAAAUCUAA